AUUUUUCGAUUUUGUUCUUAAAAAUUUAAAUAAUUUAAUAAAUAAAAAAAAGCUGAUAUUUAAAUGAAUAGGUAGCUCCAUCUCGUGUAUGUGACGUCACGAUGCUUAUUUUAUUUGAAAUUUUAAGCGCCAAUUUCUCUUGUAAGCACGUGGCAGGUGUAAACAGUUGUUGUGCUGAAUUGUACUUGAUUAAAAAAAGAUCUGGUAGUGUUGUUUAUAAUAAAAUAAAAGUAUUCAAUUACUCGAAAUGUCGUCAAAAAACAAUUUUUGUUGGUGUAUAGUUCCAACGUGUAGAAAUACUGGUAAAUCGACACCAGAAAAAAUUUUUAUUAAUGUUCCAUCGAAUUCUGUUAAACGGAAAAAUUGGUUAGAUGCAUGCAGGAAUGAAACUCAUCAUCAACUCGGCUUUAUUGUUGUGAAGAUCAUUUUGACCUUAAAGUGGAUUUGGAAAAUUGGUUAGAAUGGACAAUGGUUGGUGGUAACAAACGGAUGAGGAAUAAUAUUGUGCCUCAUAAAUUUAUUGAGCAAUCAAAAUCCUCAAGCAUGAAUGAUGCUCCUUCAAUGGAUGUAGAUCAACUAGGUACUGAAACAAUGAAUUUCAAUAUUGCCAAGUUACGGCUGGAUCAAAUCUCUGGAAGUAUAACGGAUAAUUUAAAUUCUGAGUGCACAAACCAAUUUAAUUUCAAUAUACAAGAAGAUUAUGAUAAGAACAGAUCCAAUAUCUGCGAUGACCGCCCUGCUAUUGGAAGUCAAAAACUGAAUGUUGGUGUCCAAGUCAAAAUAAAGAGUUUAUACAGGAGUGUAAAAGUUCAAUGUAAACCUGUGACUAAAGAUCGUCCAUCAUCUCCGAUUGAGCAGUUGAUAGAAAAUGAAAAUGCGCAUAAUUAUUGUUCUCAACCAACGAAUAAUGAUCCAUUAUCAAAUCCUUCACCUAAUACUGCAAAUUUAUCUUCUAAUACAACUCCUCGUUCAUUCCCUACUUCAUCAGAUAAUUUCUUAACAACAAAUGGAAGUACAGAAAAUGAAUAGAAAAAUACAUUUCAACAAGAAGAAUUUCAGAAGCGUAAUUUAAAGCAAACACGAAAGAAUUCGGUUGUCACCUCGUAA